AUGGUGCAAAUAUUAAUUCAACAAGCAGAAAAUUCAACAGAAUUAAUUUUAAUUGAAUUACAAGGCGCAUUGGAAAUGCCAGUAUGUGUGAUUGGACAACAUGUUCUCGACGGAAAAAUGGUAGAACUUGAUAAACCUUUAUUAGUAAUGCGUAAACGACAAGCAGAUGGAAUAAAUAAUACAACUUAUCAAGUUCAAUGUAUGAUCAAACGAAAAUUACUUUUUCAUAAACGAUCAAAACCUAUUGUACAAUAUUCAUCAAAGAAAUGUUGA